AUGGAUAAAUACGCUUUCACGUUUUCCAAUCCAGGAUGGCCGAACAAAAUUAGGGCCUUUCUCUCGCAGUUUUCGGAUUUUUUCAGUGCAUUCGCUCAACAUAUAGCUCCAACCUAUCACCAUGAUAGAUGUGAAAGGUCUGUACAGAUGCGUCUAUAUUCUCUCAAUAAGAGGCAGUUUGUUUUAGUAUUUGUUACGUUUUUUGCUUGUUUUGGUAUAUGUUUAUUAGUAGGUUUAGCAGGUCCUCCUAUAAUAGAGACAGUCAAUACCAAUGUUUCUACCUUACUUCCAAAGCCAAAAGACUUAAAGUCAGGGCCAUUUGUUCUACCAUCACCACCUAUGACAACAUAUCAUCAACAAUUAUGGCUGGUAUCACAUAUAAUCACAGAUAAUGACGGAGACACUAAUUUUGAGAAGUCAUUUACUAUGGGUAUUAGGAUACGAGGAAUAGAUGGUGAUGAUCAGGGAGUAGUAAAAGCAGAUAAUCCCCUACUAAGUGGUAUCAUGCAUAAUAGAACUAGAAGAUUAAAAUGCCAAAAGAAUUGUGAAGACAUGAUAUUAAUGCAUCUUGGUUAUUUAGAUUUUGCUAAAUACAUAAUAACUAUUACAUUUUAUGGUUUAGAACAUUCUAAGUUUGGUAUUAAAGACAUAGAAUUUUCAUUUAAAACAUACAAUACAGCAUUUACACAGAUAGAGAUUUGGAUACGAUUUAUAUUCUUAGUUAUGUCUUUCUUUGCUACAUGUAUAUUUGCCCAUUCAUUAAGAAAGUUUUCAUUAAGAGAUUGGUCUAUAGAACAAAAAUGGAUGUCUGUGUUACUACCACUAUUACUAUUGUAUGAUGAUCCUAUAUUUCCACUGACAUUUCUAGUCAAUAGUUGGGUACCUGGUAUGUUUGAUGGUAUAUUUCAAGCUACUUUUUUAUGUGCCUUGUUAUUAUUUUGGUUGUGUUUGUAUCAUGGUGUACGCCAGACUGAUAGAAGGUUUACUAGAUUUUAUGUACCUAAGUUAUUAGUUGUUGGUUUAAUAUGGCUAGCAGCAGUGACUCUAGCCUCGUGGCAGGAAUACAAUGAACUACAGGAUCCCACCUUUUACUAUAGAUUAGAUCUGGGCAAUUUUAAGGGAUUCAAAAUAUUUUUCUUUGUUGUUGGUGGAUUCUAUUUAUUGUACUUAGCUUAUUUAUUAAUAAGAGCAUAUGCAGAGUUAAGGUCCAUGCCUUUCUUUGAUUUACGUUUAAAAUUUAUGACAGCGUUAAUGGUAAUAGUAUUAUCUAUUAGUAUUGUUAUUACUGUGAUGAGAUUUGGUAGUGGUGUACUUAAUGAUAACUUUGUCUCCGAAAUCUCUACAAAUUAUGAAAAUUCCACAGAAUUUGUCUCCUUUUAUGGUCUUCUCAAUUUAUAUAUGUUUACCAUGGCAUUUGUUUAUUCACCAUCUAAAAAUGCAGUGUAUGAAACCCAUUUUAAAGAUAAUCCAGCUUUAUCCAUGUUAAAUGAUUCAGAUGAAGAAAUUCAUUAUGGGUAA